GAGAUAAUACCGCAUUGAAGUAAAUUGGUAGGGAGUUGAGGGUACUGAAGGUUUUCCAGAGGGAUUUACCACUACCACCUGGUAAUAAUAAAAAAGAAAUAAAUAAAAAAAGCUCAAACCAGCCUAUUUUUUUUUUUGUCAUGAUUCUAUCUGUACAAGUUUGAAGCUUUAACAACUUAUCUGGCGUAACAGUCACUGCAUCAGGGUGAAAAAAAAAAAAUAAAAAAUAAGAAAAAAAAUAUAUAUAAUAAUAAAAAGACAAGGCCUAAGUUUGCAGCAUCGUUAUACACCACUUUGAAAAGCUUUCUCUUCCGUCUCUUUUAUAUUUCACCCUUUUUACCCCACUACUUAUUUCAAAGUAUUUCCUCUACUAUUUCCCCGCUUCAUCAAAAACCCCCAAUAAUCUGCAAGUUUUGCAAAUUUUCCACGAAGAACUCCAGUCGUUCGACAAGCCUCAACGUGAAUUGUAUCUAUAUUUAUUUAUUUAUUUAUUUAUUUGUAUCUUCAAUAUUAAUUUUAAAUAUAUUAUUCUUUGUCAAAUUAAAUAUUAAUUAAAGCUUUUUAAUUUUAGUUUAUUUUGGUGAAUUCAAUAAAAUAUUAUGGAAUUAUCUUCAUGAUGAUGUACCACGAUUAUUGAUAAAACAAAGUGAUGGCAAAUCACUUUGAAAUUGGCAUUAUUGCCAAAUCAAAAUAUCAAUUUUUGAUUUUAAUAUUUAUCAGCUAUUUUAUAAACAAUGUAUGGAGUUUAGAAUUUUUUGAAUUAUUACCAGAAGAUCCAAAAUUAUAUGACAAAAUGAGACCACCAAAAAAAGAUGGACAACCAACAACUGUACAUUUUCAUGUGACUGUUAUGGGUCUUGAUUCAAUUGAUGAAAAUUCAAUGACUUAUGCAGCUGAUAUUUUUUUCGCUCAAACAUGGAAGGACAAUAGGCUGAGAUUACCAGAGAAUAUGACAUCAGAGUAUAGAUUAUUAGAAGUUGAUUGGCUGAAGAAUAUGUGGAGACCAGAUUCAUUUUUUAAAAAUGCAAAAUCAGUUACAUUUCAAACGAUGACAAUACCAAAUCACUAUCUAUGGCUGUACAAAGAUAAAACAAUUCUUUACAUGGUCAAAUUGACCCUAAAAUUAUCGUGUGCAAUGAAUUUUUUAAUUUAUCCACAUGAUACACAAGAGUGUAAGCUGCAGAUGGAAAGUCUGUCACAUACUACGGAUGAAAUGGUAUUCCAGUGGGAUCCAGAUGUACCACUCGUUGUUGAUGAUAACAUUGAGUUGCCCCAAUUGCAACUUAUCAAAAAUGUCACAGCUGAUUGUACACAAGUUUAUUCUACAGGUAAUUUUACGUGUUUAGAAGUUAUUUUUACUCUUAAACGUCGUCUUGGUUAUUAUCUUUUUCAUACAUAUGUUCCAACUUGUUUAAUUGUCAUCAUGUCGUGGGUAUCAUUCUGGAUAAAACCAGAGGCAGCACCAGCUCGUGUUACUUUGGGUGUAACAUCACUACUGACUUUGUCAACUCAACAUGCCAAGAGUCAAGCAUCAUUACCUCCAGUUUCAUAUCUAAAAGCCGUUGAUGCAUUUAUGUCUGUUUGUACGAUAUUUGUUUUUAUGGCUUUGAUGGAAUAUUGUCUUGUUAAUAUUGUUCUUGGAGACUCUGAAGCACCAGUUGUUAAACCACCACCUCCAAAACCAACUACAUCAACAUCGACUGGAGUUACUGGUGAUUCGAAACUUGAUAAAAUAUUUGAUAUUGCAUCAAAGGAAAAUGCAAUGCUGUUAUCUGGACGUUCACAGAAAUCAACAGCUACACCACCACCAGGUCCAACACCAGCUCAACGUGCACGUCUUCGAGCUUUAAAUAUUGAUCGUGCAUCAAGAGUAGGAUUUCCGUUUCUUUUUACAGCACUUAACGUAACUUAUUGGAUCAUGUUCUGGAAAUACGUCUAGUAUAUUCGUUUAAAAAUUUAGUAAAUUUAAAAUUAAAUUUUUAAUAAUUAUAUAAAUUGUAAAAAUCGAAAUAAGAUUUAAAAAAAAGGCAUCUGCCGUCCGAUUAUAAAAAUGUUUAAAUAAAUUUAUUAAUUUUGUUUUUUUUUUUUUUUAAAUUAAACAAAUUAAAAUAUUUAAAAUGUUUAAAAAAAUUUAAUGUUUGGCUUUGUAAAAAAAAUGAAAAGAUAAAUUUGCAAAAAAUAAUUAUAUUCAACAAAAAUUAUUAGAUAUAAAUUUCAUCAGUUUAAUUAAUUUAAAAAUAAUAAUAAAUAUAAAAAUAAAUUU